GUUAGGAGAGAAGUUGUUCAAUGUCACAGCAAAGAGCAAGGCUCUCCUGCUGAGAGACGUGAAAAAUGAGCUCAGCCCAGGACUUGCUCAUUAUCUAUGAGUCGGAGGCAAAGCAGUGGGCUGUUUACUUGCGCUCUGUCUUCACCGGGUCCAUCCGGGAGAGCGGAAUCUGGUGCUACGACAUCACCACGGUAACCAGUCGGCAGGAAGACUUCAUGCGACUAGGCCAGUACAAGGUCAAGCUGUUGAUCUUGUCUAAGAGCAUGCUAGAGGGCAUGUGCCAGCUCCGACGAUUUUUCCUGGCCCACGUGCUCAAGCCAGCCACCAAUGUAGUGGUGCUUCUUUGUGGGGUGGACAGUCUGGAGCCCCUCCUGGAGCUUGUGCCCCUUCGGGGGGACGAGUGUCUGCAGAUAUCCAGUGAGCAGGACGCCCAGGACUACCUGUCAGCCGUCACCGACAUCGUGCACAGAGGGCGCCUCUCUACAGCAGGUAACGUCAGUGCUGCUCCUGGAAAGUUGACCAGACCAGAGCUAAACCUAAAGUUGGAGAGUAGACGGCCUAGCGAACCCUUUAGUGCCAAACUCCACAACAUGCUGGUGGUCCCCUCCAGAGUUCCCUGUGGGACCCCAGGCGACGUGUACAUCCUUUUUAAAGACACUGUGGCUGGUGAAGAUGCUGAGGUUGUGUUCACUGGGAUUAAAAGCACGAUGAGGGUUAAACCUGUCCACUGGAACGAACACGUUCUUUGUGUGAGUGCAGCAGACUUCCCGGCAGGAAGCGUGGAACUAACACUGUACUGCAGUGGAGUAGCGAUUGGGAAGGCCAAUCUGCAGUACUACAGCGUCACAGAGGAGAUCUCUUGCCUGCUGACCAGGGUGGCGGACCCUGUGCUCUUUAUGUGUCAGGCUCUUCAGGUGUCUUCAGUGGAAAAGCUGGACCAAAGGCUGACCUCCAUGCUGUUGAAAGCCAUGCCCUCCACAUGGUUACAGGGUCUCCAGGAAGAUGACACAUGCGAUGGGGAGCCGCGCCCUGAGGAAGUGCCAUCGCUUCUCCACUUUGCCGCCCACAACGGGUUGAAGGAAGUCUCCAGUGUGUUGCUGCGGUGUCCGGGGGCGCAGAGGGCCCUGUGCGCUGCUAACUGCCACGGCCAGACACCCGCUCAGAUCGCCCAGCAUCAUGGCCACACUGAGCUACAUGUCCUGUUGCAGCAGUCACUGAAUGUGUUUACCUCAGACGAGGACAGCGAAGACACCAGUGUCUACGAGAUGAUGGGCGCAGCGGGGACCCCCGGAGCUCCAGAUACUCUGGGAAAGGAGCAGGAGGAGGGGGAGGAGGGAGGGGAGUACAUGGAGGAGAGAGAGGAACUGUACACCCCGUUGGGCUUAGAUGAAGAAGAGUACGACACCAUCUUCCCCUCCAGCAGCAACGUGCUUAUCGCUAACCGACCGCCGGCACCCACGCCCAGGCCGGAGACCACGCCGGGCCGGGAGGACAACACCCCCUUCAUCACUAAAGUGUUCCAGAAGAAAGUGACUCAGGGCGAUGCUGAAACCCUGUAUUCUCAAUCCGCUAGGCAAGCACACGUGCAAGACAGCAUCUCUUCCACAUAUGACACGUUUGUGCCCAGCCAGCCACCUGGCCUGGAGCAACUGAUUGAGCUUCAGGAGAGGGUGAAGAAAGGCUCUUUGAGCAUGGAUGAGGCUUUGGAGAGAUUCAGCGAUUGGCAGAGGGUCCAGAAGGAUGUGGACGCCAUUCAACAGGAGAAACUGUGUCAGCUGAGGGACAGCAUCAUCAGUAACAGAGAGGAUGACCACAGUGUUUACGAUAAAAUCAACAUCAUCCACCACACACCCAAUGUGACUGGAGGUCGCAGGGGAAGUCAGCCAGUGGAAACUGACUUUUACAGCAAGCCACUUAAAGGACAGCAUACAAAUUUCUUCUGGAAAGCAGACAAACGGUAAAGGUGUGUAAGAAUAUGAACCGCUGAAUCUGUUGGAGUGACUUCAUUAAUUCAAUAAUAUAUUUUUUAAUUAACCUGGAAGUUUUCCAUAUGCAUAUAGGUGCCAUAAAACAAGUAAUAUGAAACAUGUAAUGAUUUCCUAUCUGCUUGAAAAUGUUAGUCUCUGUUUAAUCAUUUCAAUAACUGUUUGAAAGAGUUUGUAAUUAAACAUUUUUAUUGGUUUAAUAUAGCAAGCGCUAUCACUACAAGAAUAUAUCAAGGAACUGUAACAUUGUCAUGUAGUUUUAAGUACUUUCUUUAUUUUUGUAAUUAAUAUUUAUUUCAUA